GGGAGACCCCAAUGGAUUUCUAGUCCAUCGCCUUAACCACUCGGCCACGACUACUGCAUAUACAGUCUCUCAGGUUUUCCGCAUUUGUCCGUCAAAUCGGCGCCUUCGCCCCCUCACUUUCUGCAGUACUUCUUCCUAGCGUGUUCCCGACUCGGCGCCACCCCCGCCGAGGGUCGCCGGGAUUUGCGCCGUUCUUGGUAUCAAACCGCUCCCGCCCAGGAACGAGUCCCAGGCGUACCCACCCCGUAGCCGGGGUCAGGAGGACGAAAGUCACCUCGCCCCGUCUCGGCUAAGGCGCUCUCAGACAACGAUGGCGGCAGGGAGACGAAAAAGACGAGACGAGACGAGAAAGCCUAGCAAAACACCACAUGCUCCUGCCGUGACUCGGAUUCGAACCGAGGUUGCUGCGACCACAACGCAGAGUACUGACCACUAUACGAUCACGGCCGCCCAACGCCCGGCGCCACCGCCGCAGACGCCGACUCCUUUCCGCCCCACUCCUCCAGCCAUGUUCCCGAUGGUAAGGGGAUGGAUGGCAAUUUCACCGAAGAAAAGUAAAGUGGCGAUGGCGCAGCAAAAUAGCACCAUGACCUCCCCGUCGGGGAAUCGAACCCCGGUCUCCCGCGUGACAGGCGGGGAUACUCACCACUAUACUAACGAGGAGCGCCUUAGUAUGUUGAGGCCGGGUGUAACCAGGCUAGGCAGGAAGCGCCUGAGGGGAAAUGGCGGCCGUCUGGGCGCCUUCAGGGAGCCGUCAGCGCUGCCGCGCCCGAGCGGGCACGGAGGGAGACCCCACCGAGGCUUUCCUAACUACCUGCGGCUCGCGACUUCCUGCAUUUGCGUUGCUCUAAGCUUGAACACGAGGUUUACGGGGCGGAGGGGUAACACGGAAAGGAACGCGGUACGGCCAAGAGGAAACUGGACUUGGGCGGUCAUGGGGGCACAGUGAGUGCGAGCUGGACCGGCACCUCUCCCCAUCCUAUCCCACUCUGGGCCAGGCCAAGUGUCACCCGUACACCAGGAGCUGACAGCAGGUGAGCUGAUACCACGUGAUGACUGGGAGAGAGGAGCCCUAUGUCUAAUUCCUCGUUAGUAUAGUGGUGAGUAUCCCCGCCUGUCACGCGGGAGACCGGGGUUCGAUUCCCCGACGGGGAGACAUACUAGCUUUUUGGGUUUUCCCCCCCCUCAAACGGUGGGGGAAAAAAAACCCACGCCCCACUUGCUUUUCCCCUCCCAGCUCAGCAAGUUCGAGCUGAGAGACAAGACAAUCACAUUUGUCCAAAGCUGGGAGGAGCAUGAAGGCACGCAGCAGCGUCCUGAUCCACCAUGGACCUCCCCGGCAAUGGAGCCGGCCCGAGCAGCAUUACUCUGCUGUGUGAUCGCGGCACAGACGCUCAGUGCUGAUUUUCUCAAAGACAGCCAUUCUUCCAUUCUCAUGAGGUAACACCGAGACCUCAACCCACAUCAGCCAAAUUAUGCUGCUGCAGCACAUCUUAAACCAUUUCCCCCGCUCCUACAAUCAAAACAUCACCAAAAUACAUGUGAAGUACUACCUUUUACACAGCUUCCUGAAAGCACAGUUUAAGGUUUAAUAUAAUACCAAAUAUUCCCUUUAUUCUUUAAAAAAAUGUUUUUAAGCACACCAACAUUUUAAAAGGGUAAGCAGUGCUAUUUAGGCACAGAUAAUGCUUUCAUUUCCCUGAAGACACCACAGUAGUUUGCCAUUUUGCAGUCAUCUAAAGCGUGCAGAGUAGCCCUGUGAGGCCUUCACCAGUCCUUCACAAGGCAACAGCAACAGGGGAUGACAACAUUAGCCCAUCAGUCUAAAAAAAUGAGUUCAAACAUUUGCAAGUUCUAACAAGUCUACAGCAUAAUUAAGGCAGGAGGUAAGAGUAUAAAUAGACACACUGAAACACCACACAACAGCAGUUUGAAUGGGCUGGUUUGCAGG